AUGUCGACAGGAAAGACAGAAACGACGCAGCCUCCUGUCGAAUAUCGUCGACUCGGUAACUCAGGACUGCGCGUCUCAGUGCCCAUCCUGGGUGCUAUGUCAUUUGGUUCGUCGAAGUGGCUUCCAUGGGUUAUCAACGAAGCCGAAGCACUCCCUUUACUCAAAACUGCUUGGGAUCGUGGAGUCACUACCAUCGACACAGCUAAUGUCUAUUCCAACGGUUACUCCGAACGGAUUAUCGGGAAAUUCCUCAACCAAUAUCAAAUCCCGAGGAAUAGAGUGUUGAUAUUCACCAAGUGUUAUAACCUGACGCAUGAGGAUCCGGCAGUCAAAACCCACUUGAAUCCAGAGUUGAAGGAUACGAGGGAUUACGUGAAUCAGAGUGGACUGAGUCGGGCGGCAAUAUUCAAUCAAGUGGAGGACUCACUCGAGAGGCUUGGAACGAGUUACAUCGAUCUGCUUCAGAUCCAUCGCUACGACUCAAACACACCACCAGAAGAGACGAUGAAAGCGCUUCACGAUCUUGUCGAAUCCGGCAAAGUCCGAUAUAUUGGUGCAAGUUCGAUGCGCGCAUGGCAGUUUUCAGAACUCAACCAUGUUGCAGAGAAGAAUGAGUGGACACAGUUCGUUAGCAUGCAAAAUGAGUUUUCACUGCUUUAUCGCGAGGAGGAGCGUGAGAUGAUACCAUACUGCAAAGCCCACGGGAUCGGCCUUAUCCCUUGGGGUCCACUCCAGGCUGGUAGCCUUGCUGCACCAAUUGGCACCUCUACAACUCGGCGAGACUCUGCGAAUAGGACCUAUUCAGAAGCAGACAAGGUGAUUAUAGAGCGUGUAGAAGAGGUGGCGAAGAAGAGAGGGUGGACCAUGAGCCAGGUCGCGCUGGCGUGGAUAAAUGGAAAGGUCUCCAGUCCAAUCGUUGGCAUUAGUUCGCCCGAACGUCUGGAAUCAUCUAUUAUAUCAGGGAAAGAACUCACCGAAGAUGAAAUUAAGUAUCUCGAGGAACCAUACGUUCCGAAGGUUGUUAGAGGACACGCAUAA